AUGUUCGCCAAGCUCUUCACGCUCUCCGCCCUCGCAAUCCUUGCCGUCGCCACCCCCGCACCCGCGGCGGACGCGUCCUGCAGCACCGGCGCCAUCCAGUGCUGCGACUCCGUCCAGAAGGCCGACAGCGCUGCCGUGGCCCCCAUUCUCGCGGGCCUCGGUGUCGUCGUGCAGGACGUCAAUGCCCUUGUGGGCCUCACCUGCUCGCCCAUCUCCGUCGUCGGCGUUGGAGGCAGCGAUGCCUGCUCUGCCAACGCUGUCUGCUGCCAGGACAACAGCUUUGGUGGCCUCGUCUCCAUCGGAUGCGCGCCCGUGUCGCUCUAA